UAUUUAUACAUUAUAAAGUUUCUUUAUAUAUAAAUUAUGGCGAUAUUACAUAGAGCUCUUUUUACUUGGUUUAUAUUCUUAGUAUUCUUAAUUUUAUUAUGUUUAAGAUUAGAGUCAAGAACGCAUUGGAAUUGGUUUAUAGUAUUCAUACCAAUGUGGGUAUACGACAGUAUAUUAUUGAUUUAUGUGUUGUUUCAUAUGGUUUCCCACUGUCGAAAUGGUAUAGAAAGAUUUAGAGGUACAAUUAAUAAAAAUGUUUGGUAUAUUGCUGCAAUUGGACUCAAAAUGGCGGCACAAAUAAUUAUAUGUAUAAAAUUAGAAUACACAAAAUUAUAUCUUCCAAUCUACGUCGUCAUGACGCCUAUUUGGAUGUUAUUACCAGUACUAUGUAUUGAAGUGUUUAUGCACCUUAUAAAGCAUUCAAGCAGAAGUAGCCGUUAUUAGUGU